GCAUAGUAGUCCUUGCUGUUUUCCUCCGCUUGUCGCAUAUUGAUCCAGCUAGCUAAUCUAGCCUUUGUAUCAGAAUGAUGUCUGUGGUGUGUCAGUGUGUGUCCGUUGUUUCUGGCUAAAGAUAUCUGGCAUUUGGCGGCUUUAAUGUUCCGUGCAGCUAAUCUAAAAACCAUUGGCAAAGCGGGAACUGGCUGGCACUUUCGCCGGACGAUGGACGAGCUGGUCCAUGAUCUGGUGUCAGCAUUGGAGGAGAGUUCAGAACAAGCUGCGCGUGGUGGUUUUGGUGAUGGAGGAGAUCAUGCACUGGCAGUGGGCUGUCUACUGAAGAGGCAGGCUCGGAAGCGGAGGGGUAGAAAACGCCGCUCGGACAACCCACACCCACCCUGGGAGACAGGCCACCUCAGUGAGGGCUCAGAUUCCAGUGUGGAAGAACACAAGGACUAUCGUGCCAGUGCAGGAGGUGUCUCUGCAGCUAACAGCCAUGCUCGUGACAACAGUGACUCAGAUGGACAGCUUGUUCCCAAACGGCGCACCCCCCUCACAGCUGACAUGGGGCGAAGCAAGCGGCCACUUUGGCCAGACGACCUGGCUGUCUUGGGGUCUGCAGAGGGAACUCGCAGCCUCAGACGGCGACGUAAAGUCAAACGUAUGGCUGUAGAUCCGCCUGUAGAACCUGAACCCCCCUCCUCCACCAUGCUUGGGCCGCCACCUGUCCCUAAAGCCCGUGGAAGUGGCAGGCCACAUAGAUUGGGUGCAGAUGAGGGCAGGGGUGCCAUGGAGCUCUGUGGAAGUAGCCUGGUAGGACCAGUGGGAGGGAAGAACAAGGUGAAGAAGAGGAAGCUAGCAACCCACAAGCUGGGAGUAGAGGCAGCAGAUGAAGGGGUGGUGGUGGAGAGUGAGGACCCCAUUUCUUCUCCAACGGAAAGGUCCAAGGACAAAAUGGAGUUGGAGGAGCAGAAGGUCUCCGAUGAGGACAUGAGUGACAGGUGUGAAACCAGCAGUGUCAGUAACAGCAGUGACGGUGGUCUCUACACCAAUGAUGAGGGGAGACAAGGCGAUGAUGAACAGAGCGACUGGUUCUAUGAGGGGGAACCAGGCUCUGGUUCAGGACCCGGAGGUGCAUGUGGGAUAGCGGGAGUGGUACCCUGGUGGGAGAGGGAGACAGGGUCAGAGGAGCUGGACUUAGCUGACCCUGUCUUCAACAGCAUUCUCACAGGGUCCUUCCCACUCAUGAGCCCUGGAGCACAGAGAGGGUUUCAGGCCAGACUGAGUCGUCUCCAUGGAAACCAGCAGGCGUCUGAAGUUGGAUUACAGGGAAGCUCCAGCCAAAGCUUCAACAACAGACUGGGCAGACAAACCCAGGAAUCCCAUGACCCGUGGUUUAGCUCAGGCUCAAGGAGAGAGCACGGCCAGUUGCAUUGGGACCCACGGACAGACAGGGGCCAUCGAAGAACCUGCUCAGUAAAAACAGCCAGCAGACAGACCAGUGGCCACCUCGGCUCUUUAUGUACAGGGGAUGUCAAGAGGAGGAGAAAAGCACCCCCCCUCAGUUCUACUGUCCUCGCAGGAGUCGUCGGGGAAAACGCACCUCCGAUCCCUGACACAAACAUGGGGAACCGCAUGUUGCAGAGCAUGGGUUGGAGCCCAGGCCUGGGCCUGGGUCCAGAGGGAAGGGGCAUCACCGAGCCCAUUCGAGCCACACAGAGACCUAAAGGCACAGGCCUAGGUUUCAACUGAACACCCAGUUUUCUGGACCAUGGGCCUGAAGCAGAGUGUGACAAGACGCUUCAACAGGAAUGAAAAGCUGCUCAGGGUGAUAGAGUAAACCAAGCUUGUGUGACUCAUACAGUAUGAACAGAAGUGGCGAGACCCGUCCUAGCAGGUGAAAGGAAAAACCUUCCCAUAUUGGGGAAACUACAAGAAGCCUGGGAUUUCCUCAGAGACCACACAGAAGAGAGAAUGCUGACUGUGAGAUGAGAUUUCUUGUAAAAAUGUCUUCUCAAGAAACUCCAUGUUGGAGAAAAUAAAUGAGAUUGAUGCUUCACUGUUGGUGUGUUAAGCUGGCAUGCUGCCUCAGUCCUGUUACCACAGAUCUCAGCGUUAAAGGCCUCAGACAUGGGGUCCUGUUGACCACAGACUGAGAGCAGCACUCGUGAGCGCACUGAUGAUGAAAGUCUGGUCUGUAUUCAGUCAGUAGUAUUGGUUAGUAAGUUAAUGAAAUUUAUUUUGUCCAAUCUUGCACAAGAUAUUUGGAAUCAAAGACUAUUUGACUAGGCCAUACCUCAGGAUUCCUUUUAGUUGCUUUUUACUGUAAUGACAUGAGAUAUGUGUUGGGAUAUCUCAAUGUGUUUCCUGGCUAUUUUAUUUUUGUUCAUUUACUGGAAGAAGUCGUGUCAUCAGAAUGUUUUUAUCUACCCAACAACAACAACAAAAAAGGAUAAAAAUCAAAACAAUAGUUUUCCAUUCAUUUAGCACCUAUGUAUGCAUGCACAGCUGUUGCUGCUGCAGGUUUCUGCUGAUGUUUACUGGGGAAACACACAUUUGGGCACAUGAGGUGAAGUCUGGCCAACAAAUGGCUUGACUGUUCUGUUUAAGAUAGUUUGUUGAGGUAUUUUAUCCUGAAAUAUGUUUGGACUGUAUGUUUUAAUUAGUUAUGGACCCAUUGCAAAUUUUUUUUUCUUCAAAUACUGGGUAGUGUAGUUUAGUUAGCAUAUUGGUUUGUCACCACAGAUUGUUCUAAAUUUGAAAUAAAUGUAAGUGCAGUUGUCAGAUUAAGGGCCAGAAAAAUAUGGAUCUUUGAAUUAAACACUGUGCAGAGACGUUGUACUGUAACAAUAGUUUGGCUGUCAGAGACUGUCUAAACUGUGUGGCUGUUUUUAUUUUAUGUGAAGUUAGAAUUAUAGCUGCAAUGCCCGGUCAAUUAAUUAAUAGGUAGUUGUUUUCAUAAUUGAUUUUUUUUUUUUCUUUUUAUAAGACAAAAAUUUCAAACAUCUUUUGCUUCAAAUUGAUGCUUUGCUUCUUGUCUUUCUGUUGGCCAGGUAAAACAAGACGUGAAGAUUGAGAAAAACAAACUUUCAAUUUUUACAUUUUUGUAGAGAAAACAAUGAAUCCAAUAAUCAGGAAGAUGAUCUGCCAGAUUAAUCAGUAAUGAGAACAGCUGUUAAGUUGAUGAUCGCCUUAAAAGACCUAGAAGUUGAACAUUAAGGGACUGUUCUCUUAUCCACAGAAUAUAACUAUAACCCUAUCGGGACUGUUUCAAAGAAACUGAGCAUUCGUGUGUUUUAAAAUGCAGCAUUUUACACAGUAUUAAUAACUUUUAAUUAUACUAGAAUUAUUACAGGAAGGACAAUAAUCAAAUUCUUCUUGAAGAAAUUUUGAUUUAAUAAUGUAAUAAAAUCGCCACUAUUUGUUUUUUU